AUGCCGCCACGAUCAACACGAAAGAAAAAACCAGUCGAAGAAGAAGAACCCGAAGCUGAUGACUUGAUGGAAGACGAAGAAAGUGAAGAAGAGGAUAAUGACAAAAGUGGUAAUUACAAAGAAGACGGAGAAGAGUCUUCCGAAGAAGAAGAAGAGGAACCUCAAGAAAAAUAUCAAUUCAUCUCUGAACAAACAAGCAAACAUUUAGAGAAAAUCCGAAAGGAACAAAAAACACUUCUCAACAAAUUGAAGGAAAAACAAAAGAAAGAACUCGCAACGGUUGAGGAUGCCCAAGAAAAAGUGAAAACUUCUUUCAAACAUCUUCUCGAACAAACAGAAAUUUACUCUAAUUUUAUUCCUUCACUAUCAAUGCAUACCAUCGCCGAAGGAAAUGAUUCAUCAUCAAAAACAGGCGGAUCAAGACGUAAACAUUCCGAAAAAGAGGAAGAUGAAGAAAUCAUUCGUGAAGCGUUGGAAGAAGAGGAGGAAGACUAUCAAAGCGUUUUACUUACCUCUUCUCCCAAGUUCAUUGAAAACACAACCUUGAGAAGUUAUCAACUUGAUGGAGUUAAUUGGCUUAUUAGGCUUCACGAUAGAGGUGUCAACGGCAUUCUUGCUGAUGAAAUGGGAUUGGGUAAAACUGUACAAACUUUGACCUGGAUAGCCUAUUUAAAGUUUAUUAGAAGAAUUAGAGGACCACAUUUGGUAGUCGUUCCAAAGAGUGUUAUUCCUAACUGGGUUAAUCAAGCUGCACAAUGGUGUCCUUCUCUAUCUAUUCUCAAAUUCCAUGGUGACAAAGAAGCUAGAAAGCAGAUAAAAGAAACUCAGCUAAUUGGAGGAAAAUUCGAGGUACUUGUUACAUCUUAUGAAAUUGCAAUCAAAGAAAAGGCUGCUUUGAACAAAUUUAAGUGGUACAGUAUUAUUAUUGACGAAGCCCACCGUAUCAAGAAUGAAAACUCCAUUCUCUCUCAAUGUGUAAGAGUAUUUGACUGCCAAUAUAGAUUACUGCUGACAGGUACUCCACUUCAAAAUAACUUGCACGAGUUAUGGAGCUUGUUAAACUUUUUGUUGCCUGAAGUUUUCAACUCUGCUGAUGAUUUUGACACAUGGUUCAAUCUCAAAGAAGGUCAAGCAGAGACUGAUAUCAUCGAACAACUACACAAGGUUUUAAAACCUUUCAUGCUGAGAAGAUUGAAAACGGAAGUUAAAACAGAAAUUCCUCCUAAAAAAGAAAUUUAUGUUGAGUGUGGUCUCUCCAAAUUACAAAAGGAAUGGUACCGUAGUAUUCUAACGAAGGAUUUGAAUGCUAUCAAAGGAGGUGAAAAAGUUCGUCUUUUAAACGUGGUUAUGCAACUUAGAAAAUGUUGCAACCAUCCAUAUCUAUUCGACGGAGCUGAACCUGGGCCACCAUAUACAUUGGGAGAUCACUUGAUCAAUAAUUCUGGUAAAAUGGUGUUAAUGGAUAAGUUGCUCAAAAGAUUGAAGGAACAAGGAUCCAGAGUUUUGAUCUUUACUCAAAUGACAAGAGUUUUAGACAUCUUAGAGGACUAUUGCUAUUAUAAAAGCUAUGAGUAUUGUAGAAUUGACGGUCAGACAUCAAGCGAAGUGAGAGAACAAUAUUUAGAUGAGUUCAACAAAGAAGGUAGUACCAAAUUCAUUUUCUUACUCUCGACUAGAGCUGGAGGGUUAGGUAUCAACCUUGCCACAGCAGAUACUGUAAUUAUUUUUGAUAGCGACUGGAAUCCUCAAGCCGAUUUACAAGCUCAAGACAGAUGUCAUAGAAUUGGUCAGAAGAAACCAGUGAAUGUAUAUAGAUUGAUAUCAAAGGAUUCCAUUGAAGAAAGGAUUUAUCAACGAGCCGUUAAGAAAUUAUAUCUGGACGCAGUGGUAAUUCAACAAGGGAGACUUGCUGAGCAGCACAACAAAUUGUCAAAAACAGAACUCAUGUCUAUGAUCAAAUUCGGUGCUGAGGAAGUCUUCAAAAGUACAGAAUCAACAAUUACCGAUGAAGAUUUAGAUUCUAUUUUAUCUAGAGGUGAAAAGAAGAUCCAAGAGAUUGAUCAACAAUACAAACAAGUGUGUCAAAACAACUUGCUCAACUUCUCUCUUGCUGGAGAGAGUAAUCUAUAUGAGUUUGAGGGCUUGGACUACUCCAAAAAAGCUACUCCGAUGAUUGUGAUUGAAGAUCUUUCCGACGAUGUCACUGAGGACUCGCUUGUUCAGGAUAUUGGAGAGGAAGAAAAGCUUUUGGACGAAGUGAUAAUAUCUCGUGAGAAGAAGAGUUGUAUUCUUUACUUUGAUACAAAGAGCGCAUCAGCCAAGGCUUUAGAAAAAUUAGUUUCCAAGAAUCACAAAGCAAAGUUUUGUAAGAAGAAUGACAAAUUCAUUCUGCAAUUAGAAGAAGAGGCCAUGAGGGAUGAAUCUCACACAUCCAGAAGUGAAAGACUUGGACGAAGAAACAAACAAUCAGAACAAAUUGCCAUGGAAGAAGCUCAAACAAGACGUGGUCCAAAAGAGCCAAAGUACUAUGAUUUCCAAUUUUUGAAUACUACAAGAUUGCUCGAGCUUUGGCAGAAAGAAACUCAAUAUGACCAAGAUAAAAAACCCUCAAAAAAGAAAAAAGAGUCUGAGGAGAGUGCCGAUGAAGGCGAAGAUAAAAAGGAAGGACUAACUCCAGAAGAAAAACAAGAACGAAAAAAACUUUUACAAGAAGGAUUUAACACUUGGAGCAAAAAGGAUUUCCAAAAUUAUAUUCGUGCCUGCGAAAAAUAUGGCCGACAUGACAUUGAAAAUGUUGCGAAAGAGGUUGAAGGCAAAUCUGUCGCUCAGGUAAAGAAAUAUUCCAAAGUAUUCUGGAAGAGAUACAAGGAAAUCAAAGACUAUGACAAGAUCAUUAAGAGAAUUGAAAAAGGAGAGUCUCAACUUCAGAAAAUUGACAACAACAAUUUAAUGCUUCGAUACAAAACUCAAAAAUACAUUAACCCUUGGUUAGAAAUGCAGUUCAACUAUGGACAAAAUCAAGCCAAAGAAUUUACUCCAGAAGAAGAUAGUUUUAUUUGUUGCAUGACUGCAAAAUUAGGGUACGGCUUCUGGGAGGAAGUUAGAGCACAAAUAAGAAAAGCUUGGGAAUUCAGAUUUGAUUGGUUUAUUAAAACCAGAACAGCCAGUGAAAUUCAAAAACGUUGUGAUACGUUAAUCAAGCUCAUAGAAAAAGAGUAUCAAGAUGAUCUUAAAGUCCAAGAGCGAGAAAAAGCCAAGAGAAAAUUGGAAAAUAUGGGCUCAUCAUCAAGCACAGGAAGCUCUAGCAAGAAGGUCAAAAAAUAA